AUGUUUGCCUGGAACUCUAUCCUCAACCAGUCGGGCCCCACUGAGUUUGUGUUCCGGGUGUUCACUGCCGUCCCUGAAUUCCAAGCCCUCCUCUUCCUCCUCUUCCUCCUCCUCUACUUGAUGAUCCUGUGCGGCAACACGGCCAUCAUCUGGGUGGUGUGCACGCAUACCUCCCUCCGUACCCCAAUGUACUUCUUCCUGUCCAACCUGUCUUUCCUAGAAAUCUGCUACACCUCCGUGGUGGUGCCCUUGAUGCUCGCCAACAUUUGGGGGGCCCAGAAGCCCCUCCCCUUGGCUGGCUGCGGGGCCCAAAUGUUCUUUUUUGUCACCCUUGGCAGCACGGACUGUUUUCUCUUGGCUGUCAUGGCUUAUGAUCGAUACGUGGCCAUCUGCCACCCACUGCACUACACCCUCAUCAUGACCCAGAAGCUGUGCAUCCAGCUGGUGGCUGGUGCCCUGGCCCUGGCCCUCUUCCUCUCCCUGCAACUCACGGCCUUAAUCUUCACCCUGCCCUUCUGUGGACACCGCCGGGAAAUCAACCACUUCCUGUGUGAUGUCCCUCCCGUCCUGCGCCUGGCCUGUGCUGACACCCGAGUGCACCAGGCCGUCCUCUAUGUGGUGGGCAUCCUCGUGCUGACCGUCCCCUUCCUGCUUAUCUGCGUCUCCUAUGUGUUCAUCACCCUGGCCAUCCUACGCAUCAAUUCUGCCGAAGGCCGCCGGCGGGCCUUCUCCACCUGCUCCUCCCACCUCACGGUGGUCUUGCUGCAGUACGGCUGCUGCAGUCUGGUCUACCUGCGUCCCCGCUCCAGCACCUCAGAAGACGAGGAUCGCCAAAUCGCCCUCGUCUACACUUUUGUCACCCCCCUGCUCAAUCCCCUGAUUUAUACUCUUCGAAACAAAGAUGUCAAAGGUGCGCUGAGAAACGCCAUCCUCAGCAAAGCAGCUGCUGAUGCCCAUUGA